GCAAAUAUCUUUUUGCCUACGUAAUCCUUAGCAACCUCUUCGAACUUCGCUAUCCCCUCAACAUGUACCUGUAUCACCAUCUCUGAAAUAGGCAACACCUAGUGCAUUUACAACUCGUCCUACUGAACUGAACCCGUCACUGGAAGUUGUGGGACCCAGCACCUUAUACAGGGAGGAAGUAGAGCAUCAGCUGUGCUACUAUGGCAACAGGCUUUGGAAUGAAAGCGGUGAUUUCUAUGAUGUCAAUGAAAUUUGGGUCAGUGAAUGAUAUACAGACAGUCACACUGAGUGAUUGGAUGAAGGAUCAUAUCACGCAUGAAGAUCAGACAACGAAAACUUCCUCUUCGGAACCACAACUACAAGAUACCAGCAACUCUCGGUCCAGAAGGAAACUCGUCAUCCUGGACUGCCGACCAGAAGAGGAGUACGCUGUCAGCCACCUGGAAGGGGCAAUAAGAGUUGAUUUCGACAAGGAAGUGAACGAAAUUGUGAAGACGUUGCCGGAACAUCUACAACCAGUUGAACGUCUGGUUAACACUGACAUUGUGUGUUACUGCUCCAUUGGAUACAGAUCAUCAACAGUGGCGGAUAAACUACAAAAAUACUUCAGGAAAAACUCAGGUUCACUUCCUUCCGGUCCCGACUUUCCCACCGCAGUUAAUUUAGAGGGCAGUCUGUUUCAGUGGGCGAACGAAGGUCGUCCUAUGGUAGAUAGCAAUGGGCAGCCAACUAGCUUCGCUCAUCCUUACAAUGCCAUGUGGGGUAAACUUUUGAACGCUGAACUUAGGAAAGAGAAAUUAUAAAGAAGAACAUGUUAUCAUAUAUAUCUUGUCGCUGUAUUUAGAGUGAACUCGAAACAAAAAUGUCACAAAUGUAGACUUUAUCACCUGUAGUAGGUGACGUCUAUGGUACUUGUUGUUUUUAUAUUUCAUAAGGUGAUUUUAUUAUUAUAUAUUGACGUGUCUAUGACAACGAUCGAAUGUGACAAGAUAUUGUGUCACCUGGCAGACCACGUGUGUUUUCUCAUUGUGUAUCCUGCCACAUUCAGACCCUCCGUGCGCUUCCCUCUGAGCCAACAAGAGUGAUUACCAUAAUCGAAAAGCAUUAUUGUUUCGUUUUGGUGUAGUCUAAAUAAAGUAUAUAUUUAUUAUGCCAAUGACAAGUAAUAAUUUAGCCUUCCCAUGCCAAGUUACAUCGUGUAAGCGAUGAAUAUGCAGAAUCAUGGGAUUUUUUGCUAUUCUUUUUUAACGUUUUUGACAAUAAACAAAUCCAGUUUCUACCAGUA